AUGCUCAGUUCUCAGGCCUUUGGUGGAGGGAGGAAAACAAAUCCGCACUUAAAGCCCACAGACAACCUGGGCACUGGGGCGGCGGCAGUCGCACCGCUUUGCUCUCUGUCACUACUGCCGCUGACGGAGAGCUCUGCCGUUCAGCGUUCGUGGCGCUUGCUCGCUUUGGCAGGGGGAAGCCGCAGGGCUGCCGAGCGGCGCCGCCGGAGCCCCGGGUACGGCCGCUCCCGGCCCGGCAGUGACAGCCACAGCCACCGCCACCGCCCUUCUGCCCCGGGCUCCGCGGCCGCUCCGGACCCCGGCGGGCCCCACAGGCCAGCGGCUGCCAGGCAAAGCCGCGGGGCGCGGGAGGAGCCCCGCGCUGCGCCGCCGCCCGCUCCCGGCCGGGACCGGCCGCCCCGCGCCGCCACCUACCGCGCCCCGGCCUCCCUCAGCUCCCGCCGCGCUGCCGCGGCCUCUCCCGCAGCCUACCCGGGCCGCGGCGAGUGGCGGCCGGGCAGGAGGGGCCGAGCGUCGCCACAUCGCCCGCCCCGCCCGCGCUCCCGCACACGCCCCGGGCCGCCGCUGAGGGGCGGGGAAGCCGCGGGCGCCAUCUUGGCAGCGGGCAGGGGCAGUGCCCGCCCGGGGCAGCCGGGGCAAGGGCAGCGCCGGUGGAGAAGGCAUCCGCAGCCUGGGGCGUCUCACCCACAGAGCCGGCUGUUCCUGCCCGGCCUGCGGCCCUCGGCCGCACUGAGAGCGUGCCCAUGCUUGAAGGCACCAGUUGUUACUGCAGAAGACUGCAUCAUAAAAAUUGUUCUUUCCUUCACCAAACUGAGUUCUCACUCAAAUGUUCUCUUCCCAAAAGUCUCCAGAACUUUGCUAAAAAACAAAGUAUCCCUGCUCCAGAAGGACGUUAACAAAGUUUGGGAGAAGGAUGUACUAGUGAUAGUGGAAACAAAGAAUGCAGAAUUUGCAAGCCGCAAGGACAUUUGGCAGAACUCCCAAGAUAAGGAAGAAACGAACAAAACCCACUCAGUAACUGGGCUGAAGUCAGCCCCAACUGAAAACUACAAACUCCAACUUUUGGUGGCGUAUGUCCUUCAGAAAAACCCUCGGCCUUCUUUGAGGCACUCCAAAGAAGCGGGUUAUUUCUGUGGGGCCGGGGCCGGUGGCAGCAGCAGCGCCUCAGCGUUGGCCGCUUCCAGCGGGAAGGGCAGCGAGGCCGCAGCAUCCCCGGGCGGCCGGGGGAGCCCCUCCGGCCCCGGCGGCGGCCCCGGGCUGCACAGGGAGCCCCUCGGGCCCCGGCGGCGGCCCCGGGCGGCAGAGAGAAUUCAUCCGGCCCUGGCGGGGGCGCAGAGGAGGCGCCGCUGUCCGCCGCCGGCCCGGGGGCGGGGCGAGGGGCGGGCCGGCCGCGGCAUUCGAAAGUCGCUUGGCGGGCAGGGCUUCCUCUUCACCCUCGUCCUCCUCCGCCGGGGUCCGCGCGGGGCCGGGCCGGGCCGCGGCGCCGUUUCUCGGGCGAUGGCAGCGUGGGAGGCCGCCGAAAUGUCCUUCUUCAGUCUGAGCGACGUGAGGGAGCGCAUGCGGGAGAAGAAAAAGGGUCCCUUGAGGACUGCGAAGUUGAAUGCCUCUCUUGCGUCGAAAAUCAAAACGAAGAUCAUCAACAACUCCUCCAUUAUGAAAGUCUCCCUAAAGCAGAACAAUAAAGCACUGGCUCUGGCCCUCAAUGCAGAGAAAGCCAACGCACAGCGGCUCACCCAGGAGAAGACCGUCCUACAGAAGGAGGUGAAGCAGUGCCACUUCCAGAACGCUGUGCUGCGGCACAAGCUCUCCUUCCUGAAUAGUAUGUUGAAAAAAAUGGACAAUCUUAUGGCUGCAGUUAAGAUGGCCGAGCUGUCUGAGUUCCAUAUAAAGUCUUCAUCCUUGUCCAGUGACCAGAAGAGCAUCAUGACUGAAGAUAGCUGGGCUGAUGAUAUUGUAGAUGGUCAGCUUCUGAGGUUUACACAGAUACCGAUGAGAGUGCCCAUUUCCAAGCUGCAUGAUGCAGAGCAGCAAGCUGGCAGCUCCACAGCACUACAAAGAUCCUCAGGAGAACUUCAGAGACCUGCUUCUAAUGCAGGAGAACUUCAGAGACCUGCUUCUAAUGAGGCCCUGGAAACUGUGCCUGUUGCCUCCGAAGGUUCUUUGCCACCACAGCAUGAUGAGAUACCUCAGUUCCACCGGGAAGAGAAUGGCAAGAGGGUGACUGAAGCAAUGGCAACAGAGGGGGGCUUUCAUGACUCUCACAUAUUUGGAGAGAUCUUGUGCAGCACUGAACAAAAUCCCAACAAUUUGCCAACGCUUGCCUUGCAAAGUCAUACUCUUUCAUAUGAGGCUGAUGAGAUGGCAAAACAUUUAUUUGAUCGUCUCUCACAAGGGCACGUUACCCAGAGGAGAAAGCGUUCCACCCUGUUUGCCACAAGCACUCCAUCUUCUGCUCUGGAUAUCUUCCCACGUGUCAGUUCCACUCAGGCAGCCUGGGAUGGUACUGCACAGGACAACAGCAGCUCCAGCAGGAACAACACACAGCAACAGCUGCCAUCUCCCAGCCCCCUGGCUUCACCUGCUCCAACUGCUCUUGUUUCUCAUAGAAACUCUGUGGGUAAAGAGACCUUUUGUGAGCAGCCACAGACAAAAGAUAUGGGGUGUGGUGUUGAAACGGACCCUAGCUGUAGCCAAGUCCCUGAGUUUGUUCCUGUAAAGGUUAAAAGCAAAGGUAAGUGUAAAACCAGAGCGAAAGAGACUGUUAAAAAAGCAAGAACAGGAAAAAAGAAAACAACUGCAAUUGAAAACAAUGCAGAAAGUAGUCCCAACAGAUCUCAAGGUGAAGAGUAUGCUCAAAAUACAAAGCUUCUUCAGCCGGAAGUUGCAACAUGUUCUAGUGAGACUGAAGUCUGUGAGAUGGGGCAGAAGGUGUGUGAGGGGGCUUUUGACAGGAGGAAUGGAGACUGUGGUGUGGAGCACCAUUCCCACUCUCCUGAUGGAGUCCAAGGCUUUGGAAGUACACAUGAGGUGAAUCCAGCACAGCUGCAGAGUCUGGAAAGUGUUGACUCAAUGCAGCAGGUUAAGAAGGGAGCUAUCUUUGAGAUGCAAAGUAUGGAGAGCUUGCUAAAACCCCCAGUUCAUACCUUCUCAAGUCAUGAAGUUCCCUCAGGUGAUUCCAGUAUAGAGAAUUCUACAAAAUUCUCACGUGUGAGCAGAAAGAGCAUCAGACAGAAAGCCAACAGAAAAACUAGAGUAAUUGUGCAAAGGGAUGAUUCUGAUGAGGAAUAUCUACCAAACAUUGUGAUAAUACCAGAGUCCAAGGCUGAAGAACGGCCUAAAAGAAGCCAAACAAUCAGGAAGAAUACUGCCAGGAAUAGCAAUUGUGAUCAGAGAAAUGAAGUUCAUGUUUUUAGGCCCUGCAUAGAUGUUCAAGGAGUAGCUAAUGGGAGCACAAAGGAUUUGCCAGGUAAUGUAAAACAGCGCAGGGAAACAUAUAUUGUCCAUCCUUUGGAUCUUGCAGGAAAUUCGGGUCGUUUCCAGACAGAAUCUGAAGGGAGUGAAAAUCUACCUCCCACAUCUGUUCCUGGGAGCAAACGGAGCAAAAUCCCCAGACCUGUUAAGAGCAAUCAAAAGAGCAAUAAAAAACAGACAGGGGACCUUCAAGAAGAAGGGCAAGGUGAAGGUGACCACAACAUGAAUGCUUUGACGAAAGAAGCCUCUUGCAAACCCAGGCCUCAGAGGAAGAGGAGCAACCCUGAACCUCCAGAGACUGAUUCCCUGGCCAGAAAAAGUGAUGGUGCCAAGGUUCUCAUUGGGAGUUCCACAGAACUUGCGUCCAAGCAGACUGUCCUGAUGGGGAAGUUUUCCUGCAUUAGCCAUCUGCUGUCUGAGCCAGGUGAUUUCCUGGAGGAGCAGCUACCUGAGAUAUCACUUGCAGAUAGUCUUGCAGACCUUUCACACAGUCUUGAAUCCUCCCGUGUGAGCAGUUCUGCAGUUUUGUCUGUCAGCUCCAGACUUACAGAUGUAACAGUUUCCAAGAAAUUAAGUACUGAGGGCAAUAGAAUGCCAGCAAAACCCCCUGUUUCGCUGAAAAACUCCCUGAUAUUUCAAGAAAUUACUGCAGAGGAAGUAUCUGGGGAAAGAAACCAAGUCCAGUCAAGUUCUUGGAGCUCACCUUCACAGAAACCUGAUACCAGGCCACUACAGGACUUGAACAAUGCCAGGGUUGUGUCUCAGUCCAGCUCAGAGGAAGCAUCAAGGCGCUCAUCUAGGCGGAACCGGAAGCCAACCUGCUACAAAGAGCCAUCAAUCGGCAGGAAACUGAGGCAGGGUGACCCAUUUACAGACACUGAGUUCCUCCACUCCUCUCUCUGCAAUAAAAAGCCAAAGCCAGUCAAAGCCAAGCGAAUGACCAAGAAGAUGAAAGAGAACAAAGAACAGCUUCCUGAAGGAUCUCUCAGUGCCAAGGCAGGCAAGUUGGUGACAACAGAAAGGAUUAGAAUGGUGGUUGAAAGCAGCCCCCAGGCUCCUAGAAGCUCAUGUGUUUAGCCACAAGGCUAUGGCUUUGAACACAGAGGCCCAAGCAAAGAUGGAAGUGGCUGACCAGGCAGAUGAACUAUUCCAACUAAGGCAACCCAAGGACCAAUUUGACAAAUUGAGCUUUGUGCCAUGGAUUUCUUCUGUUUUGAAAUCUUUAGGACUUACGGAGUGGGGAAAGUGGUUAACACAAAUUGAUGGAUGUCUGUUUUAAUGAUGGGCAUGGCCCUUAUGUGCUGUAUGAUUAGCUCCUAGCUAUCGUCUGCUUUUUUCCUGUUCUCUGCCCCUGGCUGCCAUGUAAAGCUCUCUGCAGCAGAGCUCUACACCAACCAACAUUAAGGAAUGCUUGAAACGCAGGGUACUUAGGAGCAGAUCUAAACAUGUCUUGUCUCAAACAUUCUGAGUAUUGCUGCAGGAAAGGUGAUCAGAGGAGAGGGUCCCGUGGGACAGAGCUGUUCAAAAACAUCUCCCCUUUUCCUAUCACUCCUUGCCCUUGUUAAAAAGUACCUCCUUCAGCCUUCUUGUAGCUCCUUGAGGUACUGCUAGGUGUGAUAAGGUGUCCCUCGCACCUUCUGUUUUCCAGGCUGAACAACCUCAACUCUCUCUGUCUGUCUUCAUAGGGGAGGUAUUUCACCCUUCUGAUCAUCUUUGUGUUCCCCCUCUGGCUUUGCUCCAACAGGUCCAUAUCCCUCUUAAACUGGGAAUCACAGAGCUGGACAACAGUACUCCAGAUGGGGUCAGUUGUGUUUCAGGAAAUCCUUUACUCUUCCACUGCAGUACCCACUGGCUUCAAGCACUUGCUUUUUUUAGGGUCUGCUGUGCAACUUUGAAGAUUAUUGAUUUUAAAUGUUGAGAGAGUGGUGGGGAAAAGAAGGGAUCACACAGUUGUAAAAGGGAAGGAAAUGUGCCUGUUUGGAAGCAGGAAAAAUAUUUCCUCUAUGGCAGAGCAGGGAGAGGGCUGCUCUUUUCUUCUGACCAUACUUACUCCUUCUCCUUAGCACUUCAGCAACAUCUGUCAGUUCAUGAGGAUAGGCUGGGUCUUGCUGUACUCUGUAUUCAGAGGACUCCAGAAGAUGGAAACUUCAUUAGUAGAGGGAAAACAGUGUCAUCAGCAGUCAGGUAAAUGCUACUAUAUAGCUUACAUUUAAGCUGUACCAUUAAGUUAUUAAAACUAGGAAAAAAAAGCCUGAGAUUCAAAAAUGCCUUCUUAUUUAUUUGUUCAGUUUUUUGUAAGUCACCAAGCUUUCUCUGGUAUUCUGUAACUCUGGAAGCCAGGUAGGAGCUAGUCAAUAACAAUUAUAUAUUGUAUACACUUAUAUAACACUUGUUAUAAGUGCUGUUGCAUUAGAACCUGCCUGUAUUGAUCGACUGAUGUCAGAAGCCAGGUCAGGAACUUAGAUCUCCAAGUGUUCCCACUAAUUGUUUUCAUUGCCUCUGUGGGUCAGAAAUGGGACUUUUUCCAGCUGCACUUAUGUGCAUGUGCUAGUAACAGAACAGUAGAUUGUAUUCAUUGACAUUGAAGGUAUGGAGACAGGUGCUAGCAGUUACAGAGCUGUGCUUCAAACACAGGGUAAUGGGAGCUCCUUUAGUCUAACAUUGGUGUCUCUAAUCUAUCCUAAUCACCAGCCCUAGCAGUCAGCUGGAGGGGGAGAGUUUAUUCAUGUGUAACCAGUUUGUUUUGCGCAGCAAUGAUGUAUCAGUUUGUAUUACUCUUAAAAUAAAAUUUCAAUGCAAGUGGUAUUUUCAAA